CUCCUCAUCAACGCCACCCUGGACAGAACUAGAAGCCUCUGCAUUAUUUAAGAAGCCAAACCCGAAUCCUCUUUCAGAUAAAACAAAUCAGAAUUUUUACAGACACGUAAAUUUUGGGAAGAGUUGACGUUCAAGAUGGGUAUGGUUAUAGUCAUCUCUCUGCCACUCAUUUUCUUCUGCAUAUUACUUGGUGCUGGAUGUUUCUUCUUUGGAAGAGCUAAAGGCCGACAAGAUUUCCGCACCAAUCCUCAGGUUUACGGGAUCCCAGCUGCACCACCCGGAGCAGCAACCACCUCUUUCCCGUCUCCACUCUCCAAGCCUGACAAUUUAUCCAAUGUUUGAUAGUGUCAUCUCAGCAGAGCCGGCCCAACACAUGUGCCACAUGGACGACGGCCUAGGGAAGCAUGUUGGGGGCAGUUUUCUAGGGUUUAAUUUCUA